UUUUUUUUUAUAUAUCUAAUUUUUUUUUUCGUAAUGUCUGGACCAUUGCCACAAGGUUGGGAAGAAAAAUUCACUCCAGAAGGAAGACCAUAUUAUGUAGACCAUAAUACAAGAACUACACAUUGGGAAAGACCUGCUGCAGCACCUCCAGUUUAUGGUAACUAUGCUUCUCCACCUCCUCCACCAGCUUCAAGACCUGAAGGUUAUAAUAGAUAUCCAUCUCCUUAUGGUCAACAGCAAGAUCGUUCAUAUACUCCUCAAUCAGCUAGCUAUAACCCUUAUCCUCCUCAGCAACAUGGCUAUCCUUCACCUUAUUCUAAUGCUAGUGGUAGUCCUUAUCCUCCACCUCAACCACAACCACAACAGCAAUCACCUUAUUCCAACAGUCCCUAUCCUCCACAACAACAGCAACAAACACCUUACUCUAAUAGUCCUUACACUCCUCCUCCUCCACAACAAUCUCCUUAUAGCCAACAGCAUGACCGUGCAUCACCCUAUCCUCAACAACAAGCGUAUGGCUCUUAUCAAUAUCAACAACCCUAUGGUGCCUCUCCAUCCGUUCCUCAAACAAAACCUAGUGGUAUGUCAAGUGGUAUGAAAAUGGCUGGCGCAGCUGCUGUAGGUAUUGCAGGUGGCUUAGCUGUUGGUAGUAUUUUACAUCAUGAAGAAGAGCAAACUGAACGUAUUGAACGACUUGAACAAGAGCAACGUGAUUUAGAACGAGAACAACAACAGCAUGCCUAUGAUAGUCAACCUGUUUAUAGUCAACCUCCUCCUCCUCCUCCUCCUCCUGCUCCU